CCCUCCUUUCCCCUUCGCGAAGCCGGCUCCCGGGCGCGCUCACCCUCGUGAGGAGGCCGCACUCGGGAGGCGCGCUCUCCACGCCGGGGAGAUCAUGUACCAGCCCAGCCGGGGGGCGGCCCAGCGUCUCGGCCCCUGCCUGCGCGCCUACCAGGCCCGACCCCAGGACCAGCUUUCUCAACGGACUCUUCCAUUCCCUCCCCUUUGGCCCCACUCCACAACAGUCACCUCCCCGGCUCCUCUCGUGUGGUCUCCCCGAGCUCUACCCUGGCACCUUCCCAGCCUGCCUCCCCCUCCGGCUCGACCUCGACCGCUCCCACUCCCUCUCCCUGGGAUCCAGGCCCUCAGCCCGCCAUGGACAGUCCUCCCUCCAGGAAAGGGGGAGGAGGGCCCAGGGCCAGAGUUGCACAGUGGUUGCCUGGAGGGGCUGAGGAGCCUUUUUGAGGGAGCUCCCUGCCCCUACCCUGGGGCUCUAAUCCCUUUCCAAGCCCCUGGAGCUGCCCGUGCAUCCCCUGGCACCCCAUCAGGCGAUCCUAGUAUGGAGGAACACCUGGCUGUCAUGUACGAAAGACUGAGGCAGGAGCUGCCAAACCUCUUCCUUCACUCCCAUGACUAUAAUCUCUAUUCGUCAGACGUGGAAUUCAUCAAUGAGAUUCUGAAUAUUCGUACCAAGGGACGGACCUUAUACAUUCUGUCACUGACCCUUUGUCGCUUCCUGGCUUGGAACUAUUUUGCACAGCUUCGGUUGGAGGUUCUACAGUUGACUCGCCACCCAGAGAACUGGACCCUGCAAGCUCGCUGGCGGCUUGUAGGGCUGCCUAUCCACAUGCUCUUCCUGCGUUUCUACAAGCGUGACAAAGAGGAGCUUUACCGGACCUACGAUGCCUAUUCUACCUUCUACCUGAAUUCCAAUGGCCUCAUCUGUCGCCAUCACCUAGACAAACUGAUGCCUUCACACGCGCCUCCUGCACCCGUGAAGAAGCUGCUAAUGGGAGCCCUGGUGGCCCUGGGGCUGUCAGAGCCAGAGCCCAACCUAAACCUGUGUUCCAAGGCCUGACCCGGGAACUGGGAUGAGGACAGCACUGAGGACUGCUACG